GUAAAAGUCUUUACUGCAUCCUUUUUCAGCCAUUGCCGCACGAUAGAGAGGAGGGACGUGGGUUACCAAUUGUACACCGUCGCAACAUUUGCAAACGCCAAUUAAUUGAGCAUUACAAAGCUUGACUGGGUCAAAAGCUAUGCUUUAACAUCGUUCGUGGUCAAUUUUACUCAUGAAUUAUCUUUAAUGUUAACAGUCUACAACUUGAAUGAUUUCGUUGUUCCUUAUUUUUUUGAUGAUUUAACACCUAACACAAUAACUACAUGACACUCAUUUGGAUAGGCCUGAAACUUCAGACAGUCUCCCGCUACGUUUGUUCCUAGUAUUUAACCCUGUUUUCAAUUAAUAAUGGCGGAAUACCUUGAGACAACUACAUCAUUACUUCCCAAACUCAAAAGCGAGGAGCGUAUAGAAUUGGCACAGCCAAACGUUGGUCUCUAUCUUAAUGGCCAUAAAAGCAUCGAUCAUAUGGAGGGUACCUUAUACCUAACAAACCGUCGAAUUUGUUACGUUGAUGAUACACAGCCCACCGUUCACUCCCUUUCAAUAAACCUUACAGACGUUUCAGAUUUACAGAUAACUAAUCGCUUUCUUCGGUCUUCUGCAAAGAUCUCUGCAAAAGUCAAUUCCACACGGCGUUACUUAAUAUGCCGAAUAUGUUCCUUCACCAAUCACAGUUAUCCACAUAUCCCUUGCAAGCAAUGUGGUGUCGCUGGAAGAUAUAAAGAAAUUGCUGCAUCAACUGACGUUAAUAAUCUUGAAUCCGGUCGGUGCAGCGUCUGUACUUUUCAAAACCAUCCGAUGAUUCUUGAUUGUGAGAUGUGCGGUACACCUUUACGUCAAUCCAAGUCCCUUGAUAUUAAGUUUUCGUUUCAUAUCGGAGGUGCUCAUACCUUCUGGGGGGCACUUAAUCAGAAAUGCCAAGAGGCCUCGUCUACUGAUUCGGACUUGAAGCAGAAACGAAUACUGAAGCAAACCAUUCGCGAGAAAGCCAUUACCCUCGGGGGCGUUCAUGCUCUACAAGUUUCUCACCAGAAGCAAGUUAAGCAAUCCGGUGCUACACUGACAAGAGCUUUCCAGGACCUUAAUGCUUUUAUGUCUUUAGCAAAGCAAACGAACGAUUUAAUCAAAAACUUGUCACAACAAAGCAAAGAAACGAAUUUAUCACCAACCAAUAAUGAUCUUGAGAUGACGGUGACGAGGAGUUACUUUGAUCAGUUUUCCUCUUAUGAUGUUUCACUUACGACAACAACAGAACUAAGCAAGAGCGUCGCACAGGUGUUGCACUCAUAUUUUAAAAAGACAUCAUGCGCAGCCGUAACGCUAACUGUUGCUUGGGCCAUUUACAACAGAACUAGAGGAAUUGAUCUUAUAAAUCCCAGUCUUUUUCUCAGCGUUUGUCAAGAAAUGGUGAAGAUGAAUCUUGGAAUUCGGCAAAUCACUUUUCCAUCCGGUCUUAUUGUGCUAGAGCUUGUUGAUGACCACAGAUCAAAUGUCUUGGAACUUAUAAUGAGUACCAUGAAGCCAUAUACUAGCGCUUUGGAAUGUGCUGUAACUUUGGGUUGGCCUGUUAAUGUCGCGUUAGAACAUCUUCACCAGGCAGAAAUAGAGGGCUCCAUUGUACGCGAUAUGGAUGAAGUGAAAGGCACAGGAAUUAAGUAUUGGAAGAAUAUGUUUUUAGACACAGAGUUUCAGGAAAACCCUUGAUAGAAUUUAGUAAUAAUCAUUACAUCGUAGUUACAACCUAAAGACUUUCUAACGACAUUCAAACCUUCAUCAAGACCCUCC